CGGCGCAUCCCUGAUCCGCUCGCCGUGCGCGCUCGAACGCGCCGCGCGCUCGAACAAAAUGCCGCGCAUCGUGCGUGACGCGCCGCGCCUCGCCGCACCGCCCGCGUCGUCGCCACCCGUCGCCGUUCGCCGCCGACAGUUGCCACUCGGUCGACGUCACCGCGCCGCCGCGCUCUGCGUUUGCCGCGCGACGACGCCGCGGGAGAUCGCGCGCGCGAUCGAGGACGCUCCGUGGCGCGGUGGACUCGAACCAGCGGCGAACGCGCCGUGGACGGCGGCGGAAGUGGUGUCGGGACGGAUACCGGCCGAGCUCGCGGGGACGCUCUAUCGCGCGGGACCGGGACGGAUUCGUCUGGGGGCGACCAAGUACGCGCAUUGGUUCGAUGGCGAUGGGUACGUCACAGCGAUCGAGAUGGAUGCCGAUGCGAACACGGCGCGGUGCGCGGGGAAGUACGUGGAGACGGCGAGAUGGACGAAGCAGCGGGCACGCGACGGCGGCGAUGGGACAAACGACGACGCGGUCGGGAGCAGCGGCGUCGCGGUCCGAGGAGCGUGGACUCAAGCGAGCGGAAUGAUGGCAAAUUUAGGACGGUUUCCGACGAACCCGUCGAACACGUCCAUCAUCGUGCACGCGGGGAAGGUUUUGGCGUGUUGCGAAGGCGGCGCGCCGGUGGCGAUCGAUCCGGCGUCGCUCGCGACGAGAGGUGAAGUCGUCUUCGGACCGAGUCUUCCGAUGGGUUUCAGCGCGCACAGUAAGCAGGACCCGCGCGAUGGAACGUUGUACACGUGGGGGUUGAAAAAGCCGCCGUUCAUAGGUAUUUCUGUCGGCAAGGUGAACGCCGCGGGCGAAGUGAUGCAAGUCGCCGACAUGCCGUUUCCGCGAGCGGCGCCAGAAUUUGCAUUGUUACACGACUGCGCGAUGAGCGAAAAUUACUUGACGUUUUUCAUGUGCCCGUGGGAGUUACCGAACGACGCCAUCGUGGGUGCACUCAGCGGGAUGAAGUCUUUCGGACACUCGUUCAAAUGGAGCGACGAACGCGAGACGUGGAUGGUCGUGCUGAGGAAAUCAGAUUUAAGCGUCGUGCACGCGAAAAACGUGCCUUCGUUUUCGAGUUAUCACACGUGCGACGCUUACGAAGAGAACGGAAAACUCAAGGUGCUUUACGGCAAGCUCAGAGGCGAUCGCACCGGGCUCGAAAAGAAUUUUGGCGACAUGUACGCCGCCGUGUGGUCGUCGCGACAUUACAACGAUUUGCACGAGAUGACGAUCGAUAUCGCCACCGGUAACGUCACAGACGCGCUCGCGAUGCCGACGAACGCCGAUGGCGAACGAGAUAUGACGAAAAUGAUCGGCAUGGAGUUCCCUGUGGUUUCUCCGCGAACGAUGAGCCGCCGCAAACCAAAGUACGUGUACACGCUCGCGAAUUCGUGCGGCGAGCACGGCUACUUUGACUCCAUUCAAAAACUCAAUCUCGAGACGCAAAAGGCCGAGACGCGCUUGAGCGCCCUCGGUCACUACCCACACGAGUGCGAAUUCAUCCCCAAGACGAACGCCGACGACGAGGACGCCGGAUACCUCGCGUACGUCGAGUACGACGUCUCGCGCGACGCCGCAAACGUCGUCGUCCUCGACGCCCAGCGCUUCACCGAAGUCGACCCCGUGGCCGUCAUCGCCCUCCCCAUGCACGUUCCGUACACCUUUCACGGCACCUUCGCGCGACGCGCGUGACGCG